CCCCGAAUGCACACAGCUAUUUUUGGGUAGGUCAGGUCAAUCAACACUGAGAAAUCGGACAGCAUGGCUCAAACUAAUCCCAUGCCAAUGGGACCAUGGAAGAUCACAGUAUAUGACCAGGAGAACUUCCAAGGAAAGCGCAUGGAGUUCACCGCGUCCUGCCAGAACAUUAUGGAGUGUGGCUAUGACAACAUCCGCUCUCUGAAGGUGGAGUGUGGAGCCUGGGCGGGCUAUGAGCAUUCCAGUUUCUGUGGGCAACAGUUUGUCUUGGAAAGGGGUGACUAUCCUCGCUGGGAAUCCUGGAGUGGAAGCAAUGCCUACCACAUUGAGAGGCUGAUGUCCUUCCGCCCAAUCUGCUCUGCUAACCACAAAGAGUCCAAGAUCGUUGUCUUUGAAGGAGAGAACUUCAUCGGCCGCCAGUGGGAGAUGAACGAUGACUACCCCUCUCUUCAGGCUAUGGGCUGGCCCAAUAAUGAGAUCGGAUCCAUGCAGAUCCAGGGUGGAGCCUGGGUCUGCUACCAGUACCCUGGAUACCGUGGUUACCAGUACAUCAUGGAGUGUGAUCGCCAUGGCGGCGAGUACAAACACUACAGAGAGUGGGGCUCCCACGCUCAGACUUUCCAGAUCCAGUCUCUGCGCAGGAUCCAGCAGUGAGAGGGAUAGCCGUCUUCAUCUUCUCUCCUCCUCCUCCUCUCCCCCUGUGCUUUUUCUGCCUCUUACACCCUAGCAUUCCAAUCCCAGCUUGUUAGAACUCAAAGAUCACAGGCUGACGACCUGGUGCUAUCCAACUUGAGUUUACAGCACUUUUAUUUCCACCAUGCAAGAGAAAAGCAGCCCAGCAGAAAUGAUCUGUGUCGGGCUUGUGAUGCAACUCAGUCUUUGCUCCUUAACGCCGUCACUGUGCAAGAUGUGCAAAA